UCUCCUCUGCCUGUUUUCUCUCCUAACCUUCAUGGCUACUACUGCACUUUCCCAUAAAGAAGAUAAACAAAACUGGUUGAAUCAUGGUGGAGACUUGUAUAAUAGAAGAUAUGCCGACAAGGAGACCAAGAUCAGCCCUGCAACUGUUUCCAAUCUCCAACUCAAGUGGAAAUUCUAUGCAGGCAAAGAUAUUACUGCAACACCUGCAAUUUUCAACGGUACCCUUUAUUUCCCGAGCUGGAACGGCUUCGUCUACGCCGUCAAAACAUCCGAUGGAUCACUUGUAUGGAAGAAGAACUUGCAGAACUUAACAGGCCUUAACGCAACGGGUUUUGUACCAAAUGUGAACUGGACAGUAUCAAGAUCAACCCCGACGGUUGCUGGUGACCUGCUUAUCAUUGGAAUCUAUGGACCAGCCGUUGUUAUUGCCGUUGAAAGGUCAACUGGGAAGCUUGUUUGGUCAACGCAGCUCGACGGCCAUGCAUCAGGGAUUAUCACCAUGUCCGGAACUUAUUACAAUGGGGGUUUCUAUGUUGGAACAUCUUCAUUAGAAGAAGGUCUCAGCAUUGAACAAUGUUGCACUUUCCGUGGCAGCUUUUCCAAGUUAGAUGUCCGUUCAGGCAAAAUCUUGUGGCAGACAUUUAUGUUACCAGAUAACCACAACAAGACUGGAGAAUAUGCUGGGGCUGCUAUUUGGGGAAGCAGCCCAUCCAUUGAUGUCUCAAGAAACCAUGUCUACAUCGCCACUGGGAACUUGUACUCAGUUCCCUUAAAUGUAAGCCAAUGUCAAGAAAGGGAGAACAAUCAAACGGUACCAACCCACCCAGACGAGUGUGUGGAGCCCGAUAACCACUCAGAGUCAAUCCUGGCGCUUGAUCUACACUCUGGCAAGAUCAAAUGGUUUCACCAACUAGGAGGCUAUGAUGUAUGGUUUCUUGCAUGUAACAAUCUUUCGACUCCUAAUUGUCCGCCUGGUCCAAACCCAGAUGCCGAUUUCGGGGAGGCACCAUUGAUGCUGACAAUAAAUAGCAAUAAUAAAACUAAAUUAGAUAUUGUUGCUGCUGUUCAAAAAAGUGGAUUUGCAUGGGCUUUGGAUCGAAAUAAUGGCAACCUCAUCUGGACAACAGAAGCUGGACCAGGUGGGCUUAUGGGAGGGGGAACCUGGGGAGCAGCCACUGAUAAUAAAAGGUUAUACACAAACAUUGCAAACUCUGACAGCAAGAACUUCACUCUCAAACCGUCUGAGAAUACCACCACCGCUGGCGGAUGGGUGGCAAUGGAUGCGGACAAUGGCCAAAUCCAAUGGUCCACAGCCAAUCCUAGCAAUGCCACCUCGGCGGGUCCUGUUACUGUGGCUAAUGGGAUGCUCUUCGCAGGAUCCACAAACCCGAAAGGAUCCAUAUAUGCAAUGGACACCAAAACUGGAGAAAUUCUGUGGUCUUAUGUAACAGGAGCCACCGUGUUUGGCGGCAUGUCGGUGAGCGAUGGAUGUGUAUAUGUUGGCAACGGAUACGUGUUCAAUAUUGGUUCUUUUAAUCCAUCCUUCACAGCUGGAACGUCACUCUUUGCCUUUUGCCUCUCAUGA